UAUCGCCUAAAACCGUAGCGUUGUGCAUCUCCCUACUGAUCUCGUUAUGAAGAACAUGAGAAGUCAGAGGAACUGAAAGCAGUUUAGAGACACGAGGUUGAGAAAGUCAGAACCAGUCAGAACGAGCGAUCAGAAUGUCAGCUGUUAAAGAGAUAGUCAGUCUCACGGAAAAGAUUUCGGAAAUGGAAACUGAGGAAACCGGAAAAAAACUGACGCACAAAGAGAAGAAAAAGCUGAAGAAACAGCAAGAAUAUGAGAAGACUAUGGAAAUGCUGACGAAGACCGGUGGUCAGGGCCACAGUGAAUUGGAGUCUAAUUUCACUGUAUCCCAAAGUAUUAAUCAAAGUCGUGGUGGUGCUCAACAGCUGGAGAGUGCUGUUGAUAUUAAAGUCGAAAAUUUUAGUAUUGCUGCCAAGGGAAAAGAAUUGUUUACCAAUGCCAGUCUUCUCAUUGCACAGGGAAGAAGAUAUGGUCUGGUGGGACCCAAUGGCCAUGGAAAAACUACUUUACUUCGCCAUAUUGCAAAGAGAGCCUUUGCUAUUCCACCAAAUAUUGAUGUACUUUACUGUGAACAGGAGGUGGUAGCAGAUGACACUCCUGCGGUACAAGUUGUUCUCAAUGCUGAUGUUAAGUGUACAAACUUACUCGCUGAAUGUAAAAAGCUAGAAGAACUCACCGAACAAGGUGAUACCACUGUUCAAACAAGAUUGCAGGAGGUCUAUGAAGAAUUGAAGAUCAUUGGAGCAGAUUCUGCUGAGCCACGAGCACGCAGAAUUCUUGCUGGUCUGGGUUUCAGUCGUGCCAUGCAGGACCGUGCAACCAAGAAUUUUUCUGGCGGUUGGAGAAUGCGUGUUUCCUUAGCCAGGGCUCUAUUCCUGGAACCUACCUUACUUUUACUCGAUGAACCGACGAAUCACUUAGAUCUUAAUGCUGUUAUUUGGUUGGAUAAUUAUUUGCAAGCUUGGAAAAAGACAUUAUUAAUAGUUUCCCACGAUCAGAGUUUCCUCGAUAACGUGUGUACGGAAAUAAUACACUUGGAUCAGCAGAAGCUCUUCUAUUAUAAGGGCAACUAUAGUAUGUUCAAAAAGAUGUACGAACAAAAGAGGAAAGAAAUGAUCAAGGCAUAUGAGAAACAAGAAAAGAGAUUAAAGGAUCUUAAGGCAUCAGGACAAAGUAAAAAACAGGCGGAAAAGAAGCAAAAGGAGGCUCUGACGCGAAAACAAGAGAAAAACAGAACAAAAAUACAAAAACAGGAAGACGAUACUGGCCCGCAGGAACUUCUUCAGAAGCCCAGGGAGUACAUAGUGAAGUUCAGCUUUCCUGAUCCACCGCCACUGCAACCUCCCAUUCUAGGCCUUCACAACGUUACAUUCGCUUACGAGGGCCAGAAACCAUUAUUCAUCGACGUAGACUUUGGAAUUGAUCUAAGCUCCAGAAUAGCCAUUGUGGGACCUAAUGGUGUUGGCAAAUCUACUUUUUUGAAACUACUAACUGGAGAAGUAUCACCGCUCAAAGGAGAUCUCAUUAAGAAUCAUCGACUGAGGAUAGGGAAAUUCGACCAACACUCAGGCGAGCAUCUCACUGCAGAGGAGACUCCAUCCGAAUAUCUGAUGCGGCUAUUUGAUCUGCCUUAUGAGAAGGCCAGAAAGCAACUAGGCACAUUCGGUCUAAGCUCUCACGCUCACACGAUCAAGAUGAAGGAUCUGUCCGGUGGUCAAAAGGCGCGCGUUGCAUUGGCUGAGCUCUGCCUAAACGCACCGGAUGUCGUUAUUCUUGACGAACCAACCAAUAAUCUCGAUAUUGAAUCCAUCGAUGCCCUGGCCGAUGCCAUCAACGAAUACAAUGGCGGAGUGAUCAUUGUUUCUCACGACGAACGUUUGAUCAGAGAUACUGAGUGUUGUCUCUAUGUGAUCGAGGAUCAGCAGAUUAAUGAGAUUGACGGUGACUUCGAUGAUUACAGGAAGGAAUUGCUCGAAAGUCUCGGAGAAGUCGUGAACAAUCCAAGUAUAGCUGCCAAUGCUGCGGUUCUUCAAUGACCUACGACGAUUCUGCUUUCCAUCUAAUAUAAAAUUCUUCGAUAAUCUGAAAGGUCAUCAAGAGCCCCAAUGUGCCCAGGAUUUUAUUAUUCUGUACAACGAAAAGUUGCAGGCUUUCUUGGGAUUUCGACUACGAAUUUCAGAUUGUGUUUAUCUUGUAUCAUAGUUUUCGUCAAGUUCAUUUCCUGGGGCAGCCAUAUAGAAUUUUUUCGCAUUCGAAACUCCCUACUUGUUAAGGCAUACACGUAUUGUAUUUUCGGCGAAAUUAUAUGAUUGCAAGACUGUCCAGAGUGUAGAUAAUGUCGAAAACAAUUAGGUACGAAUGUUGGAGAUUAAAGGCAUUUUUAUUUUACCCCGUCGUCUUCUUUCUCCAGAUAUUUUUCACAUUUUAGUAAUAACGAUUCAGUGACGGUCGAGCACUUAUAGGUUCAACGAACGUUUUUCAUUCAAUUUUUUUAAAUUUCUGCUGCCACAUAAGUGGUAGGUAUCUUAUUGUUAGAUCGAUACUAAUAUUUUCCAUUGUCAAGUAGUUUUAAUCUGUAAACGAAAAGUUUGAGUUUUUUGAUUUCACUAAGCCAAUUUGUCGUUAUAACCUACGAAAUAGAAGGAUCAAGCAACUGUUACAAUUCAUCGAAUAUUAGAUAAUCUCGGCAGAUAAUUUAUCAAUCUUACUAUUGGUCGAAAUCUAUUAGAAGACUAAUCAGCUGACCUAAAAGUUAGCUGGAAGUUGCACAAACCAAUCUACGCAUGUCGCAUGUUAGUUACGCGGGAACGCUGUAGAAAAAAUGGAGUUAGAUGAUGUGCAGUGGAUGAACAAAUUUGCAGCCAGGGACAACAUUAUGUAUGGUCCACAUUCAUACAUACCAAUAGUGCUGGAGGAUAUUCCAAAAUAUAUAACUUUGCUGGAUUAUGAAGAAAAUUGCAUCAAAGAUGUGCAAACAAUUGGAAGUAUACGUAAUGAAGACACAACGUCACACUUAUAUCUUCAAUCUAUUACUUCAAAUCUCAAGAUGGAAUUUCCCAUAAGAUUACGUGAUAGAAUUUAUGAGCUGCCCUUGGAUGAAUUUCAAUUUCAAGAACAUACACCUUCAGUGGUUAAAGAUGGAAGUAUAUUCAGAGUCUUUGGAACAUUGCGUAACAGAAAUGGGGUAGUUAUGCUGGAUCACUGUCAACUUGUAGCAUUAGAACAUCCUCUUGAUAGCUUACAAGUGUUGUCACUGCAAUCAAGACUGGCUCGGCGUCAAUAUAAGCAGUUCUACCGCACACCAAAAUUAGAUGAACUAUUGCAUUCUGAACUUGGCAUAAUGGACAGGCAAAAACAUUGUUAAGAAAAGUGAAAUGCAAUUAUGAUUUCAGUGCAAGAAGGUUGAAACACAUUUAUAUCGUUAUCAUACCUCCAUCAUAUAUGAUCUACAUAAUUAGCUAUAGGUGCAUUGACUGAUACUUUUUAA